GGACAUUCAGUCGACUGCAGUUUCACUCUAAUUGAAUGAUAAUUGUUAAUUUUGUUCAUUUAUACACGCGACAGUGUAAAUUUUUCAAAUACCAUAAGAAUUUUACAAAAAAAAAUUAUUAUCUUUAUCAAAAAUAAAUCUUAAUUACAAAAAAAUGUUUCAUAAUUUAACUUUAGUGUCACAAGUGAUUCUCAAAAGUGUUUUAAUGAAAUUUACAAUUUUUUAAACUUGAAAAUGUAAUUUCAUUAUUUACAACAAAAAAAAGUAAAAUACUUGCUUUUAAAUGUUUUUUUUUAUAGAGGAAUCAACAAAAAUGAUUAAUUUCUUUUUGAUUAUGAUAUUCUUGAUACUAAACACAGGAAGUCAAUCAGAUUUCUUAGAGUCAAAUUUUCAAGAAAUUGUUUAUCCCACUGUAAUAUCGCGAGAAGAAAUUCGUAGAAGAAGAUCUCUAUUUGAUAUUGAUGAGAAUUCAAUAUUUAUAUCACUAAGUAAUUGGACAUUAAAAACAAAAUUAAACAGUGCAUUAAUUAUUCCAUCAUAUUUUGAUAUUGAUUGGAUUCAUUUAGAGGAGAUUAAAAAUGAAAAAUCCAAAUUUCCAUUGAAUUGUCAAGCGGUUCGUGGAAUCAUUGAUAAUGAAGAAAAUAAUUCUCUAGUUAUAUUGACAAUAUGUCAAAAAGAAUUUUAUGGUUUAAUGAUAAUUGAAAAUCGUUAUUUUUUUCUACAACCAAUAAAAAAUGGAAAACAUCUUCUUUUUGAGGAUAAAAAUAUUAAUUGGAAAUCGAUAAAGAAUGAUAAUAAUUUAUUAUUACAAACAAAUAAAAAGAAAGAAUUUAGGAGAAUAAAGAGGGAUGAGAGAAAAGAAAAUUUAGAAAAAUUUUACAAUUUAACUGGUGAUACUUUUGAAAUAGAAAGUGGAAAAGUUUUGAUUGAUGCUGAAAAUCAGGAAACCUUGGAAAAAGAGCCAAAUUUACAGGAAGUUGCAUAUUUUUUCGAUAAAACUUGGAAAUGGGCUAAACUUCCAAAAAGAAAAAUUGUUUAUGAUAACGUCUAUCCACGAUGGUUGGAAAUUGGAAUCGCUGCAGAUCAUUCAGUAGUUGAGUUUCAUGGUACUCGAAUGCAACAUUAUAUUCUUGCACUUGUAAAUAUUGUCAGUGCAAUUUACAGUGAUCCAUCAUUAAACUCAAAUAUGAAACUCGUUAUUGCAAAAGUAAUGCUAUAUACGAGUAAAAAUGACAAUAUGAUUUCUCCAGGAAAUGCUAGAAAAUCAUUAGAAAAUGUCAACAAGUGGCAUCAAAAAUUGUUAUCCACUACUGAAGAAUCACACGAUGUUGCUGUAUGGCUGACGAGAUUAGAUAUUGGAGGACCAUCUGGAUAUGCUCCAGUUUCUGGAGUUUGUGAUCCUUCUAGAUCAUGUGCUCUUAAUCGUGAUGAGGGCUUAAGUAGUGCUUUUAUAAUUGCACACGAAAUUGCUCAUAUUCUUGGAUUAUCACAUGAUGGUGAUAUUGAUUCUGGAAAUACUUGUGGAGAAGAGGCAAUUUAUGGUAGUGUCAUGGCACCAAUGGUAGCAGCAACAUUUCGUCGAUUUCACUGGUCAUCAUGUUCAAGAAACGAAUUUCAUCGAAAGGCUCAACAAUGGUCGUGCCUGUUGAAUCAACCCACAGAAGGAGAAAGUACAACACAAAUUAAAGAAACUACCUUAUUUACUUUUACAAUGGAUGAACAGUGUAGAAUGGAAUUUGGUGAAGGUUAUCAAUUAUGUCGCAGCAUUGAUUUACUAGAACCCUGUUCCUAUUUGUGGUGCGGCAAACCGAAUAUAUCAAAAAUUUGUAAAACUAAAAAGGGACCACCUUUAGAUGGAACAGAGUGUGGUGAAAAUAAGUGGUGUAUAAAUGGAUUUUGUGAGUCUAUUGAUAUGAAAUUUAAUUUAAGUCCACUAGAACAUGAAAAAAAUGAAUCUUUAAAUAAUUGGAGCAAUUGGGAUAAAUGUUCAACAACCUGUGGAAUUGGAAUACAAAUAAGAACAAGAAAAUGUAGCGAAUAUAAAACAUCCAUGGAGAAUAAUUGCAAAGAGAAAAGUCAAGAAUUUAGAAUUUGUCAACAGAAUGAUUGUCCAACAAUGGUUGAUUUAAGAUCACAACAGUGUUCUCAACUUUCAAGUCUAAUUGACAUGGAGAAAAGUUUAUUAAUUCUCUACAAUACAUGGCUUCCUUAUGUAUCCGAAAAAGAGGAAUUAAAAUGUCAAUUGAUUUGCAGAAGUAAAGAAAGUGGAAAUUUAUAUAUUAGCAACAAGAAUCUUAAGGAUGGAACUCCAUGCUCAUAUGAAAAUAGUGAUAUUUGUGUUAAAGGGAAGUGUUACCCAAUGGGAUGUGACAAAGUUUUAAAUUCUGAAAAAAUAAAAGACUCGUGUGGGGUUUGCGAUGGGGACAAUUCAACAUGCGAGAAUGUUGUCAAAAAAUUUCAGCGAAAAUUGCGUAGACCUUCUGUACGAUUAGGCGUCAUUCCAUCAUCAUCAUACAAUAUCAGAGUCGAUGUUAGUAUUUCGGGAUUAAUGUACAUUCAAAAUAAUAGUGUAAUUAUAACAAUUAAAGAUGGACGAAAGCAAAAAAAUGAUAUCAAAUAUUUCGAUUCACAAGGCAAGGGUAAAAUUGUCAUUGUAGAAGGAGCAGCAUUUCGUCCUCAAAGAAUUAAUGAAACUUACACAAUGUGGGCUAGAGGUCCUCUUCUUAAAGAUAUUGUUGUAUCCUUAUCUCUAUCAGAUUUGGAUGUAAGAAAAGGAGUAUUUAUAUUCGCAUUGUUUCGCUAUGUCGUGAAUCGGAAUCAGAGAAAAGAAAAUAAAUAUAAUUGGUUAUUAGGAGGUUGGAGUUCUUGUUCUGUUACUUGCGGUGGUGGAUAUCGUCAUAAAACAUUAGCAUGUAAGGAUAUGGAAACAGGAAAAAUUGUUCAUAAAAAAAAAUGUCAUCUUACUUUGAAACCAUUGGCAGACGUUGAGAAAUGCAAUUCAUUUAGUUGUGAAUUUAAAUGGUUGGAAGGCUCUUGGGAAGGUUGUACAAAAACUUGUGGAAACAACGGUUAUCAACAGAGACAAUUAUUUUGUGUACAUUCUUCAUUUACAGAUAGUCACAUGACGAUGGACAAUGAGCGUCUCGUUUAUAAAACUAUGGUCUCUCCUGAUAAAUGCCAAAUGCAAAAGGAGCCAAUUACAGAAAGAGAAUGUAAUAGAAUUCCUUGUGCAGGACAAUGGGUAUACUCAGAAUGGUCUUCGUGUUCACAAAGUUGCGGAAUUGGAAUACAAUCGCAAAUUGCACGUUGUGUUCCACUUGAAGGUGAAUCGUUUGCCUCUUGCAAUGGUACAUAUUUACCUGACAAAAUGCGAUUGUGCAGAGGAGCAAGUAAAAGAAAUCCAAAUUGUGCAAAUUAUUGUCAGAAAGACAAGAGUCAAUAUUGUACUCUAAAAAAUCUUAAACGUUACUGCCAAAUUCCAGUUUUUCGACGAAAAUGCUGUCACUCUUGUAAAAAGAAUUAAAAAAUCCUGAAAAUUUCUAUACCAAAAAUUAUAAGAGAAAAAUAAAAAAAUAGAGUUAUGGUUAAUUUAAAAAAAAAAAAACAUAUUGAGAACAUAGUAGACUAUAGGUUUUAUUUUUACUCGAAGUGUACAAUGCAUACUGACAUCGUUAGUGCUAAAAUAAAGAAACAGAAAAAAAACAAUAUUUAUGCAAAACUAAUGCAACACAAAGAUUCAGGACAAUAGAAAAUAAAAACCAAAACUUUCAGACUGUAAAUCUAUGGCCAUUCGAUCAUACAAGUUUUCCUACGUUUAAAAAAAUAGCAUAAAAAGAAAAACAAAUUGGCCGAACAAGGCGACGAUUAUUCACAAAAAUUUAACUUGCCAGCGAUUUUUUUUCGUUUCUUAUAAUCUAAAAACAGUCGCUUAUAGUUAUAAUAGAAU